AUAGCUUAGUCCAUGCAGUGUAUGCAAGCGCUCCGUUAUUUAAAAUACAAAUCUCGCCUAUUAGUAAUUGUUUUACUUUAAUGUCAAAGAUGGUUGCGACUUUUCUGUGACUUCUAUGGUACGCAAAUCAAGAUGCCUAGAACAAAUAGAAAUAGACAUCUGACUGCUGAAGUAAAAAAGAUAAGACGUCGUGUACAAAAAAAAUUAAGUAUGCGCCGAGCGCGGGCAAAAUUAACUGAAGCUGCUGUUGAAGAGAUACGCAAAAAAGAUAGGGAAAGGUACCAUAUGAAAAAGGACAGAGGAGAAAUCAAAACUAUCGAUGAUUAUACACCCAGAAAACAGCGAGAAAUAAGAAAAAUGUGGCGUGAAAAAUCAAAGAAACGACGACAAUUACUAAAGAUGCGAAAAGCUACCAGCGCUCUCAUACAAGAAAAUACUCCACCACCAAGUCCAUCUUCAUCAUUCUCCCGAAUUGAAGUCGGACGUGCAGUAGCUGCUCGGAACAAAAGAGAAAAAAAAAUUGAAAAUGAGACUCUAAAGAAAAAGGUAUUACAUAUGGCAAAACAAAUAAAAAAAUAUAGAAUGCGAAUACGGAGGCUAGAAGAAAGAAAGCAGAAAGCGUCGAAUGUGGCUAGUCCUAAAAAUAAAGCCUUGAGAACAAACGUCAGAAAAGCUGUGUAUGAUUUUUUAAUACAAGAUGAAUACAGUAGAUUAACAUCAGAGAAAAAUGAGACAAUAACCCGGAAGAAAAGCAAGCGGCAAAUUCGUUUACUGAAUGACACACUCUUAAACUUACAUGUGAUAUUCCAAAGCAAAACAGGGAUUAAGAUUUCAUACCAGACUUUUCGUAGAUAUCGUCCUUUUUGGGUAUUGUUUCCGAAAACAUCAGCAAGAAACACGUGUCUUUGUACUUUGCAUGAAAAUAAUGAUCAAAUCAUUCGAUCACUUCAAAAGGCGAAAGUUGUCUCUUACCGAUCUGCUUCUGAUGCUGUUAAGGUACUGUGCUGUAAUAAUACACUGAAUCCUAAAUGUUUAGAGAGAGAGUGUCAGAGCUGCCGAAAUAAGAAACUUGUGAUUAAUAAUUUUAAUGAAAACGAUUACAUUACUUAUGAUAGAUGGGUCACUAAAAAUGUAGAUGUUAUUGUCAAAGGCGAACACAAAAAAUACAAGAAAUGUUUGAAAGAAACUGUUAAAACUAUGAAAGGCUCUCUAGUGAAGUUAUUACAUUCUAAUUUACCGUUAUUCAUGCAACAUGUAGCAAAUAUGAUUCAUCAAAUAAGAUCAAUCCAAACAGUUAUAGUGAAAUUAGUCUCGAGAAAUUUUUGCAUAUGUAGUGGUGUGUAUAUUACUCAGAUCUUAGAGCGCGUUUCCACUAUAUCGUUCUGGCCUAUACAAAAAUGUUUCGAUAUCCUAACAUUACUAUUUAAUAUUAUACUUAUCCCUAGCAACACUCUGAUUUUUGUUAUCAAUAAAAACAAGUUUUUAUUUAAAAAAAAAGGUUUUGACUUUAUAAAAAAAAGGUGUGUGCGCGAUUCACACACGAUAGAAGUGAAACUUCAAAGAGGAGAGACCGAUAUAUAUUUUUUUUUCCUUUCAUCUAGGUUUUUAAAACUCCGGGGGGUCUACGGGGGGGUCAAAAUUUAUUUUUGGCCUAGGACGCACCGUUUCCGAGAUAUUUCAAUCUAAAGCAAAAAAUCGUCACUUGAUAGUGGAAAGUGGAAACACGCACAAAACCAGAAUAAACCAGUUUACGCUGUCCGCAGGUGCCACGUGCAGUCCGGCGUCAGUCGCUUGGUACUGUUAGAACAUAAAGCACACAUUUCAUUCAAAAAUUAUAAUUAUUACGUUAAUUGUUAAAUUUUGUAUUUGUUGAUUGUUGUUAUUGUUUGUUAUUAUUGUUAUAAUAUUUUUUGAAGUGUUUAAUUUGUGUGUAAGUGUUGCAACUUUAUAUUGUUAAUUAAAAAUGGCUCCAGUGUUAAAACAUGGUCGAGGCAAGCCUUUGACUUCUCAAACUAAAGAAGUUUUGUACUGUUUGUACAAAUAUUUCGAAAAUGAGUGUAAUAACAACCCGAGCAGUAUUAUGACUCCCACUCAAUUAGUUGCUAAAUCAACGGGAAUUUCAAUAGCAUCCGUCAGAAAGGUAGUAUCAGAAAGCAAAUGUCGACCUUCAGAUCAGGAAGUAACAUUUAAAUCUCCUAAAAAGAAACCGAAUCGUAAACCUACAAUAGUAAUCGAUAACUUUGAUCAGCAAGUUAUCAGAAGAACAAUUCAUGACUUCCACAUCACAAAUAAAGAAAUUCCCACUUUGAAAACUUUGCACGCAAAA